AUGUAUGAAGUGUUCCUGAGUUUUAGAGGAGAAGACACGCGUGCCUCGUUCAUUUCACAUCUCUAUGCUUCCUUUCAAAACGCUGGAAUUAAUGUUUUCAAGGAUGAUGAUUCGCUUCGAAAAGGGGAUCAGAUUUCAAGCUCACUUUUGCGAGCAAUUGAACAAUCUGAAAUUUCUAUUAUUGUAUUUUCGAAAAAUUAUGCAGACUCACGAUGGUGUCUGCAAGAAUUGGAGCAAAUAAUGGUGUGUCAUAGAACCAUUAGCCGGGUGGUUCUGCCAGUGUUUUAUGAUGUUGAUCCCUCAGAAGUGCGUCACCAGACCGGUGAGUUUGGAAGUGCAUUUCAAAAUCUUUUGAAUAGAAUUUCAGUGGGAGAAGAGAAGGAGAAGAGUUGGAGGAGGGCGCUUCGUGAGGCUGGUAGCAUUUCAGGAUUUGUAGUCCUAAAUUCCAGGAAUGAGAGUGAAGAUAUCAAGAAUAUUGUUGAACAUGUCGCUCAUUUGGUAGAUAAGACAGAAUUAUUUGUUGCUAAUCAUCCUGUGGGAAUAGAAUCUCGCUUGAAAGUUGUGAUCGAACUAUUAAACAACCAACAAUCAAAAGAUGUUUUAUUUCUAGGAAUUUGGGGAAUGGGAGGGUUAGGUAAAACAACCAUUGCUAAAGCCAUUUAUAACCAAAUUGGGCGAAAUUUUGAGGGUAAGAGCUUCCUCUUAAAUAUCAGGGAAAUCUGGGAGCAGAAUACUAAUAGAGUUUCUUUACAACGCCAGAUUCUUAGUGAUAUUUGCAAAUCAACAGCAUCGAAGUUACUUGACAUUGAAUCAGGAAAAAAUAUAUUAAAGGAAAGACUUGCCCAAAAAAAGGUACUCCUUAUACUUGAUGAUGUGAAUAAAUUGGAUCAAUUGAAUGCUUUGUGCGGUAGCUGGGAAUGGUUUGGCUCAGGAAGUAGAAUAAUCAUCACAACAAGAGAUGAACAUCUACUUAAAGUUCAUGGAGUUGAUCAUAUACAUAGAAUGGAAGAAAUGAAUGAAACUGAAUCCCUUGAGCAUUUUAGUUGGCAUGCUUUCAAGAAAGCAAGCCCUAAAAAUGAUUUUGUUGAACUUUCAAGGAAUGUUGUCAUUUAUUCUGGAGGAUUGCCCCUAGCACUUGAAGUUCUUGGGUCCUAUUUGUUUGAUAGGGGAAUAACAGAAUGGAAAAGUGUAUUGGAUAAAUUGAAAAAAAUUCCCAAUAAUGAAGUACAGAAGAAGUUGAGAAUAAGUUUCGAUUGUUUAAAUGAUGAUAGAGAGAAAGAAAUAUUCCUUGACAUAGCUUGCUUCUUUAUUGGUAUGAAUCGAAAUGAUGUUAUACAAAUAUUAAAUGGUUGGGGAUGCUUUCCAGAGAUUGGAAUUAGUGUUCUUGUAGAGCGAAGCCUGGUUACUAUUGACAAUAAGAACAAGCUUGGAAUGCAUGAUUUGCUAAGAGACAUGGGAAGAGAAAUAAUUCGUGAAAAAUCACCUGAUGAUCCUGAGGAACGUAGCAGGUUAUGGCUUAGUGAAGAAGUUAUUGAUGGAACAAAAGCUAUUAAGGGACUGACUUUGAAGUUACCAGAAAAAAAUACAAUUUGCUUGAAGACCAAAGCAUUCAAGAAGAUAAAUAGUCUUAGACUGCUUCAACUUUCCGGUGUGCAACUUGAUGGGGAUUUUAAAUAUCUUUCAGGAGAUCUUAGAUUGCUAUGCUGGCAUAACUUUCCUUUAAGUUGCAUGCCUGCAGAAUUUCGUCAAAGAAGUUUAGUUGCCAUUGAAUUGAAACAUAGCAAUCUUAAACAAAUGUGGGAGAAGGCCCAGGUGCUAGUGAAUCUAAAAAUUCUCAAUCUUAGUCAUUCCCAUGACUUGACCAAAACGCCAAACUUUUCGUACUUGCCUAAUCUUGAAAAGCUAUUACUUAAAGAUUGUCCAAGUUUGUCUGCUAUCUCCCAUACUAUUGGAUAUCUAAAUAAGCUUCUUCUGUUAAAUUUGAAAGCGUGUACGGGCCUUCAAAAGCUCCCCAGAAGUAUCUAUAAAUUGAAAUCUCUGGAAACUUUAAUUCUUUCUGGAUGUUCAAAGAUUGACAAGUUAGAGGAAGACUUGGAACAGAUGAAAUCUUUGACAAUUUUGAUUGCAGAUAAUACUGCCAUAAUGAAAGUCCCCUUCUCAAUAAUAAGAUCAAAAAGCAUUGGAUAUAUUUCUUUAUGUGGCUUUGAAGGAUUUUCACGUGAUAUAUUUCCUUCUCUCAUUUGGUCUUGGAUGUCACCAACAAAUAUUUUGUCAUCCCUAAUUCAAUCAAACACGAGUAUGUCUUCUCGUGCUUUCCUAGAUGGCCCAGAUAGUAGCUUUUAUAGUGUAUCAUCUAUUUUGAAGGACAUUCCAAAACUUCGAAGCCUUUAUGUGGUGUGUGACUCAGAAUUUCAACUAAAUCAAGAUGUUGGAAGAAUUUUGGACAUCUUAAAAGGCACAAAUCAUAAGAAAUUGGAAGCAAGUGUAUUUAUGUCACAAAUCUCUGAUGUGAAAAGUUCUCCAUUAGUUGAUUGUCAUGGUCAAAUUCAUGUUUUAGAGUCAAAGAAUUUUCUAAAAUCCCUUUUAAUACAGAUUGGAGCUAAAGGUCAGAUGCUCAAUAUUCUCAAAGAAAGUAUUUUACAGGCUACGCAUGGGAUUGGAGAUUUUCUUUCCUUCCCUGGUGAUAAUUAUUUUGAUUGGUUAACCUUCCAUUGUAAAGGUUCUUCGGUAAUAUUUGAAGUCCCACAUAUGAAUGGACAUAACCUGAGGAGCAUGAUGUUGUCCAUUGUCUAUUAUUCUCCCGAUGACAUAAUAUCAGAGGGGUGUCAAAAUGUGUUAAUUAAUAAUUACACUAAGAGAACCAUUCUGGUUUAUAAAAGAGAUACACUAACCUCCUUUGAAGAUGAGGACUGGCAGAGCAUAACAUCAAAUCUAGAACCUGGUAACAAGGUGGAGGUUAUUGUUGUUUUUGGGCAUGGAUUCUUUGUGAAGAAUACAACAAUAUAUCUCUUAUAUGAUAAACAAGUUGAUGAAGCAAUGGAACACUGCUAUGCAGUAGAUAGGGAUGAUAUAGUUUCUGGUCAUGAAACACUUGGUAGACUUUUCACACUUCCUUCCCUUGUCCGUGCCAUUCUAAUCUCACGACCAAUCUGGAUUGGUCUGGUUGUCAUUCUAAUUUGGCUCUCUUGCCGCCAUUCAAACAAGCGAAGAAGUGGUAGUCUCAUUACAAGAUAUAUACUAAAGGGAAAGUGGCUAGUGGAUUACAUACAAAAAUUUCUUGCUUUCAAGAAGGCCAAGGAAGCCCGCAGUGUCAUUACUAAUGCUAGCAGUGGCAGAGUUUGGCUGAGGAGUUAAUGGAAUUAAAGUUAUGAUGAACCAUUGAUCAACGGGGAGCGAGAUAACUAAACUAAAUAGUGUG